GCAACUAUAAGUAGUUACAUUGCAGGUCUAGAGUUGGAAAUCCACAUUCCCUCUAACUUCUUCAAUCACAAAAUUCACUCUACAUGACGUGCAGAAACUCAUCGGUUAUGGCCGAUCAUCAGAGUGUCGAGUUCCACGAGUCACGAGCCCAAGGAUUGCCUUGGCUUCCGACUUACAUCCUCAACGACGGUGUGGAAACAUGUGCAAAUUAUGUAGAAGACGAUUAUCGUUUCUUUUCAAAGCGGCGGAGUGUUCUUAAUGACGGAUUGGAAGCAUCUGGAGAAGACGAUUUUACGGAACGGAAUAUUAGUAAUAAGCAGAGACAUCAUCAAGCUUCAUCAUGCCGGAACCGGAAGUCACCACAGGCUUCUGCACAACCACCUUUGCUUCCGUCACCACCGCAUUGGAAGAAUUAUUCAAAGCCGGAUCAAAAAACCAAAUAUCCUACAAAUUGGGCAGCUGGGGGACCUGGUAUGCAAGCUGUGUUUCUAGCUUCUGGCCAAAGAUCUGGUGGUACAGGAGUUUUUCUUCCUCGUACAGCGGGAACCGAUGUCGAAAAACCCAGAAAACCAGCAUUUGCUCCCAUUCUCCUUCCGUCUCGUGUAGUACAAGCAUUAAACCUCAACAUACAUGAAUUAGGCUUGCAAAUCAAGCCACGUGAACAUAACAAUAAUGUGAAGGGAUUAGAAUGUGAUCGGAUUAGAACUAAGAAGAACAGGGAUAUGUCAAGCCAAACAUGCGUUAUCUCUCAAAACCGAAGUUCUUCACCUGAAAUAUUUCUCCCGAAAGAGUGGACUUACUAAAACCGGAUUGUACUUAAUUAAGUGAUAAUUAACAUUCAAUCAUGUAUCUGAAUCCAAUAAAAUUAGUGUCAUUGUUAGUUGAAUAUUUCCUCAUAAACGUGGUAUUAAAUAAAUUCUAGCAUCUUAUUCUUGUUA